AUGCCACGUGCGCCAGUUAACCACAGCAAGACUUACAAGGUCCCACGUCGUCCAUUCGAAUCAGCCCGUUUGGACGCUGAGUUGAAGCUCGCUGGUGAAUACGGUCUCCGUAACAAGAGAGAAAUCUGGCGUAUCGCUUUCACCCUCUCAAAGAUCCGUAGAGCGGCUCGUGAGCUCCUUAAGCUCGACGAGAAGGACCCAAAGCGUCUCUUCGAAGGUAACGCCUUGAUCAGACGUCUCGUCCGUAUUGGUGUCCUUGAUGAAUCAAGAAUGCGUCUUGAUUACGUAUUGGCCCUCAAGAUUGAAGAUUUCUUGGAGCGUCGUCUCCAAACCGUUGUCUUCAAGGCCGGUCUUGCUAAGUCUAUCCACCACGCAAGAGUCUUGAUUGUUCAACGUCACGUAUCUGUUGCUAACCAAAUCGUCAACGUUCCAAGCUUCACUGUCCGUUUGGAUAGCCAAAGAUACGUCGACUUCAGCGCUACUUCACCAUACGGUGGUGGCCGUGAAGGUCGUGUCAAGCGUAAGCGUGCUCGUGCUGCAGCUGCUGCUGAAGGUGGCGAUGACGCUGCUGAAGAAGAUGACGAGUAA